AUGGCUUCUGCUUUCGGCGGCAGCAUGAAAGCUGAGCUUGGCAGAUUCCCCAAGAACAAUGCUUGGGCGACCCUCCAUCAUAUCACCGACCUCGAGGCGCACUGCAGAGACCAGAUAGGCACAGCUCGUGAGUACACGUACGAGCUUUCAAACCUGGGAACCAUGCGGGUGGCGCCGACGACCGGAGGCGGUAUUAUCCUCGAGCGACUGAUUUUCACGCAAUGUGGCAUGGUAGCCGGUCCGGCGCUUGGCAUCAACUGCGCCAGCGUUCAAGGCGGCCCUCUGAUCAUCAGCAUCACGUGGCAGGACGGUAUCGUAGAGGAAGAUCUUGUCGGACAUGUAGCGCGGGAGUUGGAACAGAGGCUGGUUACUGCCUCUGAUACGUUUGCAACCGUUUAA